AUAGAAAAGUCCACGAUCUCUCUCCACCGGCGGUGCACGCACGCGGAAAUCGUACUAAAACGAAAAUACCUAAAACUAAAACAUUUUAGUGCUUGCCACCGUGAAAUUAAACCGAAAAAUCCCAUUACGAAAUUCAAAGUGUCCAAUAAAGUUAAAGUGUAUUAGUUUAGCAAUAAACGCGUGCGUUCGCGAUGGCGACGCGACCGCAAAUGGCGGCCAUCUUGUUUUUUAUUGCCACGUGGGUAGUUUGUUUUGGGUGUGACGUUGAUAUGGCUGUUUAUAAAGUGACAAUGAAGUUUUUGUGGAGCGAGGAGACGUUCCCGAAGGAUUAUCCGUUGUAUCGACCGAAGGCGCAAUGGUCGCCAGUGUUUGGCCAAUCUCAUAACAGUUCCUACCAUCUAUACCACAUCGGUGAAGUAGCAAGAAAGUCCAUAAGAACCUUUGCUCAGUUCGGCAAACUUGACGAGCUGGUGGAGGAAGGUGAUGAUGAACAGAAAGUGUACGACCAGUUCUCAGCUCCGGCUGUGGCUGAAGGGACUGGAGAAACGGAGAACAUGGUGUUUGUUGAUGGAGAACAUAGUUUAAUUUCAGUAAUUUGUCGUAUCAUCCCGUCACCUGACUGGUUCAUAGGAGUGGACAGCUUAGACUUAUGUAUUGACUCAUCGUGGGUGGACCAAAUUACACUGGAUCUAGAACCGCUCGAUGCUGGUGCUGCAAGUGGUCUGACCUUCACAGCUCCUCGCUGGGAGACUUCACCUCCUGAUCCCGUAACCAAGCACGGCCCAAGACAUCCCAACCAUCCUGCUGCUGGUUUCUACUAUCCUUUACUGAGAGAAUUGCCGGCUAUAGCAAAAGUUGAGUUCGCAAAGGUAAAAGAGUACACGACAAAGGAAUUAAACGAUAUGGCACGUAAAGAACUGCUCUUAAGCCUUAAACGGAAGGACAGGCGUAAAGGCACGCCACGGAGGAAGGUGAACUUGGUCGAAGAAUAUCAACCAAUACCAAGAGAGAUUACCACUAAGAGCGAUGUAGAACAGUUGAAGGAUCUAGAAGAAGACCCGAUCCCAACAGAAAAGUACAAUGCGCAGGAUAAUAAUGUUAUCGUGGUUACAAAAUCACCUAUCACAACAACAACCGUUCAAGAAUUUGACACUGGGCUCCAAAAUAUGGACGAUGUAGUACUAGCCGUGGCUCAUGGUAAAAAAUUAGGGCUUGGGAAGCAUCUGCCACGACAUUUCAGAUCUCGUCUACACAAUGCUGUAAACAGAAUCCAACCUGACGACUGCCUCGCAUCAGAAUGGGGAGAAUGGUCACCAUGCUCAGUCACCUGCGGUUUUGGCAACAAGUACCGCCACCGACGAGUGAUCAGAGAGAAGAGGAAGAAAGGCCGCGACUGUCCCGCUCUAACGGAGAGAAGACACUGCGGCAACAUCAACUCUUGCGCACAUAUUGAUUAUUUUGAAUGGUAGCCUUUAGUGUACUAUAAUUUAUAAGUAAAAU